CAACCUCUGCACUCAUAGUGAAGACUGCUGCGUCCAGAACUGUACCACCCCUGACAGCACAGGACAGGACCGAAGAAAAACAAACAAACAAAGGUAAAACAACGGAGUUUCUUUUUGUUGAUGCUGUUAAGGAGUCUCCCUAACAUGGUUCAGCGUGCGUAAAAUGCGCAAUCGUUCUAGCUCAUUAUUUUCACUUGAAUAGUCGGCGACGCUUUAAAAAAGAAAUCAACAACACUAAAGUAUUUACACCGGAUUUAAUCCUUUUGAGGCUGACCAAAUGUUAAAAAUGACCGCAGAGCAUGACAAGUCCAUCAGCGACCCGCCGUGUAGCCCGGCGGGGACUACCAGCUCCAUGUCGCAGGAUGACUCCGACUCGGAUGCACCCUCGUCGCCGACGGGAUUGGAUUUACACGGAUCACUGCUCGCUGGUAUCGGAAAGAAACUGGACGGCGAGGAUGAUGACAGAUUCCCAGCCUGCAUACGUGACGCGGUGUCGCAGGUUCUCAAGGGAUACGACUGGUCCCUCGUCCCCAUGCCGGUGCGGGGAAAUGGCUCGCUGAAAAAUAAACCCCAUGUCAAAAGACCAAUGAACGCGUUCAUGGUGUGGGCGCAAGCUGCGCGCAGAAAGCUCGCGGACCAAUACCCUCAUCUGCACAACGCCGAACUGAGCAAAACUUUGGGGAAGCUAUGGCGCUUACUAUCAGAGAAUGAGAAGCGGCCAUUCGUGGAGGAAGCGGAGAGGCUUCGGGUGCAGCACAAAAAAGAUCACCCCGACUACAAGUACCAGCCUCGGCGUCGGAAGAGUGUGAAACCUGGGCAGAGUGACUCAGACUCUGGUGCUGAGCUGGGGAAUCACAUGUAUAAGGCUGAACCAGGAUUGUUGGCGGGCAUAGCCGAUGGACACCACCACCCUGAACAUGCAGGCCAACCCCAUGGUCCACCCACACCCCCCACCACCCCCAAAACAGACCUGCACCACGGGGGCAAACAGGACAUGAAGCACGAGGGACGGCGCCUGCUGGACAGCGGCCGACAGAACAUAGACUUCAGCAACGUGGACAUCUCCGAGCUCAGCACCGACGUCAUCAGCAACAUGGAGGCCUUCGACGUGCACGAGUUUGACCAGUAUCUACCGCUCAACGGCCAUGCCUCCACCGCUGGCGCAGGCGUGGACCACCAUGGCCACCAUGGACCAAACCCGGCGUCUGGCGCCGGCUCGUAUACAUCAUACAGCCAUGCCACAGUGAACAGCGCCAUUUGGAGCCGCAAGAGUGCCGCCAUGUCUGCCUCUUCCUCAACUUCUAUUGAGGCGGUCCCACAGCACCGGGCCCACAUCAAGACGGAGCAGCUGAGCCCCAGCCACUACAGCGGGGACAGUCACUCCCACAGCUCCCCCUCCCACUCAGAAUACUCCCACUCCCACACAGCCCAGACCUGCGUGACAUCAUCCGCCGCUGCAGCUGCAGCCUCCUUCUCCAGCUCUCAGUGUGACUAUACAGACCUCCAGAGCUCCAACUAUUACAACCCCUACUCAGGCUACCCUUCCAGCCUGUACCAGUACCCCUACUUCCACUCCUCCAGAAGGGCGUACCACGGGAGCCCCAUCCUCAACAGUUUGUCCAUUCCCCCCACCCACAGUCCCCCUACAUCCAACUGGGACCAGCCGGUGUACACCACCCUAUCCAGACCGUAGGUGACUGUUCAUGUAAAAGGACCAUCCAUUACUCACCAGGAACAUGUUCAUCAAUAUGUUUUGCAACGGACAACAAAGAUGACCAUUUCUUAUUUGACAAGUCCAAGUAGUCCCUCCCCUUUUUGUUUGUCUGGUGCCCAAUGAACAUGACCCAGGUCUCAUGGAAAUGUGAGAACUAGAGGAAAAGGAUCGGAGGGUGCUAGGCUACCCCCAUGCCAAUUUGAACAUGAAGUGAAAUAGAAAAAUAAUUGAAGUGCCUGCUGUUUUUAUACAAAGCUUUUUCGUUUGAGCUUACCCAUGGAAAGACAGAAAGACUGACUUUGACACAGAAAUCAAGUCAAAGGCGAACCAAAAUUCCUCUGUGAGGAGUCGGACAUCCCCCCCCCCACACACACACACAUCUAGUACAGCCACGCCUUUUUCAAGUUCAGGGUUGUGUUCAUUAGGGCACACAAUGGAAACGUUUAAAGACGUUUUGCAACGGGAAAUGAGCAUUUCUUAUUUCUUCUGUUUGGUGCCUAAUGAACACGAUCCAGGUCUGCACAUGUUGUUGUGUUGUGUGCACCGUUUGAGACAGCAGCGUGCAGGCCUGCCAUGGACUUGUGUAGGAGAGAGAGGGCAUAACGGUUAGGCCCAAGUCCUUUGUGAAGCAGAUGGAGAAACAGAUACUUUUGGAAUGAAGCUCUGGGAUUAAUUAUGUGUUUUCACAGGCUGAAUCCCAAAUGCCACCCUAUUCCCUUUAUAGUGCACUACUUUCAACCAGGGCCCUUAGGGCUUUGGUCAAGUAGUGCACUACAGUACGAGGCCGAGCCGUAUAACUUAGAUAUGCACACAGAUAUUUACAUCAGUAGACCAGUCUUAAUUCAGUUGUUCAUUUAUAUUCUUAAAUGUUCAUGUUGUUGUUAUUUUGACGUUAGAAAUAUCUUAAAUAUGUAUUUAUGUUCAUUACGUUAUUUUCCUUUUUGUUUCCGAUUUAGUCGUUAAACACUAGUAACAAAGGAGGGGUAGAUCUCAAUGUCUUUCGGAUGAAAAUGGGUGGAUGGUGGAUCUAAGUACAGUAGAAAUUCUAUGACACAUUACUACAUUUUAUAGCACCAUUCCCUAGACGACCAAUAACAAACAUUGUCUCCAUUCCAAGUUGCGGGACAGCAAAGUGGGACCAAUAGAACAGCUCUAUUUGAAUAUCACAUGAUGCAACA